AUGGAUUUAUUUUUUGAAACAGUUCCAAUAAAGGAGAAACUUAGAGUUCACUUUAAUUCAUUUAUGUUGAAUAUUCAUGCUAGGAUACAUGAACUAAAAAUUAAAUCUGGAAAAGGUGCAAGCUCAUUUAGAGAUGAGUCCUCUAAACCAUUUGAUCCUAUCCCACCAGUAGCAGCUGAUAUUACACAAGAGUCGUGGCUUAUCUGUUUUGAUGAGUUUCAAGUUACAGAUAUAGGAGAUGCAAUGAUAUUGAAGAGGCUUUUUACACAGCUUUUUGAUAAUGGAUGUGUUGUUAUUGCCACAAGUAAUAGGAAACCUGAUGAUUUAUAUAAAAAUGGAUUACAAAGAUCUAAUUUUCUUCCAUUUAUUCCUAUUUUGAAACAGCAUUGUACAGUUAUACAGUUAGAUUCUGGAAUAGAUUAUAGAUUACGAGGUACUGGCAAUAAGUAUAGUAAAUUUUUCAUAAAUGAUGAACUUAGUAAGGAUGAUAAUGUUGUGGACAAUCUUUUCAAAUUUCUUAUAUCAAAAGAAACUGAUAAUGUUAGACCUCGUGUGAUUAAUAUUAUGGGAAGAAAUGUGAAAUUUGCCAAAUCAUGUGGAAGAGUAUUAGACUCUACAUUUGAGGAGUUAUGUGACAGACCCCUUGGUGCUAGCGACUAUCUUGUUAUAUCGAAGACCUUCCAUACUGUGUUCAUACGGAAUCUUCCACAGUUAUCUAUAAUGAAACAUAGAUCACAGUUGCGUAGAUUUAUUACUCUCAUUGACACCUUAUAUGACAACAGAGUUAGGGUUGUCAUAGUAGCGGAGUGUGAUCCUAAAGAUCUUUUUAAAUUGGAAGAAAAAGAUGAAUAUGCUGAUGCAGACAGAGCUCUUAUGGAUGAUUUAAAAAUUACGAAAGAUUCUGAAGAUGCAAGGGCAGCGAUCUUUACUGGAGAGGAGGAAUUGUUUGCUGUUGAUCGAUGUCUUUCAAGAAUUAUGGAAAUGCAAACAGAUGAAUAUUGGGAUAAAUGGGGAAAACAUCUUGAU